UAGCCUACAGGUUGCCCCAGUAAUUCGCUGAAAGAGAUAAGAUUACUUAGCGAACUAAAUGAUAAAACUGUGGGUAGUGAUAAGCAAAAACAAACCAGUGAAGAGCCGAACGUAAACGACACACGAAGUGAAACUUGUUUUUUUUUCCAUCAAAGUGACAAAAAAGUGCAAAAAUGGUUUCGGUGCAGACGAUAGCGACGAUCACAGUGAAAGUGUUCAAAAUUGUCUUAAAUGUCAUCAUCCUGGUCCUGUACCGCACGGGCUACAACGGCGAGUUCCUCGGCGUCGGCGGAACAUGGAACCUCAAUGAGGAGAAGAACCCUGAUGCCGAAAUCGUCGCGUCCGGCGUCAUCGUCGGCUACCUCAUCUACACGCUGGUGCAGUGCAUCACGUUUCUGUUCGGCACCACUGAGCACAAGAGGGCCCUCUCCGAGAUUGUGAUGAACUUCGUGGGAGUGUUCCUGUGGAUCGCCGUUGGAGCCGUGGCACUGCACUACUGGGGCGGGUACCAGGGCGAGCACCAGUACCAGUUCGUCUUCGCUGAGAAACAGGUGGGCCUAGCAGUUGGUGCUCUCUGCGUAAUCCAAGGAGCCGUGUACCUUCUAGAUACGGCGCUUUCCGUCAUACACUACACGAAGGAGAUGUAAACAAUAGCUUUAACUAUAUCUUAUCUAAAUAUAAAAAUAUAGUUUAAGUGCUCAGCUGUCGAAAACAUUUGUAACCCCCGUCGCAAAAAAGAGGGGGUGUUAUUAUCGGUAUUUUCUUGAUUUUAAUUUAAUGAAAGCUGCGUCUCUUUUUUAAUUUCAUUGCCAAUAUGUUAUAAGCUCUCCAAACUUUUUAUAUUUUCCCACCUAUUAGUGUGCAUUUUUUGUUAAGUAAAUUAUAUCGACGGUGUCAUUUCUUGGUGAAAAUCGAGCGGAUUUUAAUAUUACCAUCAAAUUUAAGAUAUUUAUAAUUAUACUGUAUUAGAUACCACCAAUAUUUUGUGUGUAUUUCUAGGUAAGUUAUAUUUAGCAGCUAUUUUGAAAUAAAUGUAAUUUAAAACAA